UACGUGGCAAAGCAAGUGCACGUUGACAACAAACGUAAAUUCCGACUUGCAGUCAUGGACUUGUUACAUAUUUUGUCUUGUUUAAUUGUAUGUUUGGCAUCUUUUAUACCUGUAGAAAGUUAUUUUAUUAAUAUUGAUGCGCAUGCUGAAGAAUGCUUCUUCGACAAAGUGACGUCUGGCACCAAAAUGAGCCUCAUGUUUGAAGUGGCAGAAGGUGGUUUUUUGGAUAUAGAUGUAAAGAUAUAUGGUCCUGAUAACAAAGUUAUCCAUGCAGGAGAUCGAGAAUCAAAUGGCAAAUACACAUUUGCUGCUCAUAUGGAUGGAAUUUACAAGUAUUGCUUUAGCAACAAGAUGUCCACUAUGACCCCCAAAAUAGUGAUGUUCUCGGUUGAUAUUGGAGAAAAACCAAAAGGCCAAGACAACAUGGAAACUGAUGCUCAUCAUAACAAGCUAGCAGAGAUGAUUAAUGAGCUGUCCACAGCUUUGACUGGCGUGAAACAUGAACAAGAGUACAUGGAAGUUCGUGAAAGAAUACACAGAGCUAUUAAUGACAACACCAACUCUCGGGUAGUUUUGUGGGCUUUCUUUGAAGCUCUCGUUUUGGUGGCGAUGACGCUCGGACAGGUGUACUACUUAAAGAGAUUCUUUGAAGUUCGACGUGUGGUGUGAUAGGACAGUUUACAAUUCAUCUCAUUACUCUACUCACUUCCUUACGCUGUCAUCAUCAUCAUCAUCAUUUGAGUGAAAGGUCGUUGUGCAUGGGUUCCAGCAUGCUAUGCCAAUCCUGUGAUUUUUCCACUGACUACCACACAUCAUUCACAUCUUAUGCAGAAUUUACUUAUCUUUUGAUUUAAAAUAUAAAUAUAUUCGCUUAAUUAGGCUUAAGAAGGUGGAGUACAUUUGAAUUUUAAUGUAGAUGGUUCAGUCUUGAUAUUAUUAUAUUAAAUUUACUAUAUAUCAUCAGAAUAUUAAAAAAAGUUCUCUUUUUAUAUAACUUGCAAGGAUAUGAUAUGGUAAUUCAAAGAAUUAAUAAUUUAAAGUAGCAGUGUUGCUUGUGAGUAAUUUAACAUCUUUUGCUAGUGCAAAACAAAUGUAAUUAAGACAACAGUCUUAACCUUACGUUUAUACUGUCAACACCAUUAAAGAAAUAAUACUUCAAGGAAAAAUGUUUGGUGUCUUUUGUAUAAUAUUUCUGAUGAAACCAUUUUAACCACUAUUAGAUACAAAGAAUAUUUGAAUAUUACAUAGACAGUGCUGUUUGUGAAAUAAGCACCUAAGAUUCUGUUUGAUGUAAAUAAAUAUAAAAAUAAAGUUAUUAGAAAAGUAAUAUCAUCUGUAUAUUUUCUGCAAAUGGAAAAAUACCAAUUUUCAGUCACAAAAGUUUGCAUAUAGAUGAGGGAUAUAAUUUUCAGCUUUUCAUCGUAUUUCUCCUUUAUUUUUUAUUUUCCAAAAAUGUAUUUUUUUUUUAAUAAAGUUGAUUGGUUUCAUAUGCUUAAAAAUUACCUUUAUUUGGUGAAGAAUUUUCGGUUUUUAAAAGAUUAUUUUAGGUUUUAUUUUCAAUUUGGCAUCACACCAUGACGUUGUUAUGGAAAUACAGCAAGUAUGAAUGAGAAGCUGGCGAUCAAGUGACAACUCUCAUAUCACCACUAGAAUUGGUUUGGUUCACAUUAAACCUUCAUAAAAAAAAGUUUUGAGAUUUAAUUUCAAUUACGUUGAUUGUAGCACACUGCCUUUUUCAGACCAUUUGUUAUGAAAUACUAAGGUACAAAGGCAAUAUUAAGAAAACAAAUGUCUUAUAAUAAUAUUUGCACAGAAAUAAGCCUAGAUAUUGGAACUUAUAUGAACAGGGUAUUAUCAAACUGAUCAAAAUUGUUGUUUUCCAAAGCUUGUUAUCAAAUUAAGAUUGUUUUCUUUUAAUUUAUAUGGUCCCAAAUAUUUUAUGAGUGAACAUUUUUGGUUUACGACAAUACAGAGUUCUGUAUUAAAAAAAGAUGUUACAGUUUUGUUAUGGAAAAUUUUAAAUUAAUAUUGUUACGGUUUUCUGUCCAUAGCCAUGGAAAAUUACACAUUGCGUUACAUUUUUCAAAACUAAAAACUGGUUUUCUUAAAGAUGUCCACACUAUCCUAGAAAGGAACCACUCUAUGAGUAUCCAUGCAAAAUAUAUUGUUUCAUGUAUGUCUGGUGCAAGGGUUUAUGUAUUUCAUCCAAGUUUCUUUUUCCUUUUUAAUAUCAAUAUUUAUUUUUCGUACGUAUUUUAGGGAAUGAAUGUACAUAUAAAAAAAAUCAAUAAAAUAUUUGUUGUAAUUAAAUUAACAGAAUUUGUUUAGUCACUGCAUGAACUAACACGUAUAGAUAUAUGGUAUCUAAUAAAUAAUGACUUUUAAACAAAAAUAUUACAUAUUGGAAACAAAAUGAUUUUAGUUUGCCUUUGGUAGUACAUGGAGUAAUAUUGUAUAUUUGUAAUGUACAGAAAACUUGGAGAAACAUUGACGGAAGAAUGUUGUUAAUUGUAAAGAGUAAUCUUACAGUUCGUUUAGGUGAUUAAAUAAUGUACUGUUGUGUCAUUAAUUUAAAACUAAUUGUUCUUUGUGUAACUGAAAAUUGUAGCACAUACACACAUUUAAACUGCCUGUUUGACUACAAUAACACAUGCUGGCAGCUAAUGAAUACCGGUUAUCUGCUUGAAUGUUAUUUCAUUGUGUGUUAUUUAAUAGUGUGUCAUGUUUUGUAUUAGAUACUAAUGAACACCUAGUCCAUGUAUGAAGUGACUUGUAGGUCUAGCAUCUUUUGACAUAAAUGUGAUUUCUUUUUUUGUUUGAAAGUUAACAAAUCUGAAAAUAUUUAGUUAAAUUGUUUAAACCCAAUUAAAAUUUUGAUUGUACUGGCAAGUGAUCUAUGGAAGUUCAGUGUUUGAAAGUUUUAAUUGUAUUUGAGUAUGGGGUUACCGUUACUCAGUUUUGAAGUUAUGCAUGCACUGUAUUUUAAAAAUAUAUUACAAAUUCUGCCAUCAAUUGCGUUCAGUUUUUAUUUUGAAUAACAUAUUGAAUGUACUGUGUGUUAGUUUACCUUUUUUGCCAUGGAACAUUAUUUGUCGGCCCAAAAAGUGUGUUUACGAUGUAUAACAGAAAAUAAUUACAUACACAUAAUUGAAUAAUUUUGUUUUAAGGGAAAUUAUCAUAAACUAAUCCCCAUAAUUAAUGAGUAAGCCUGAACUAUGCAAAUUUGUUUUUGUACACGUUUAGGAUUAAUAAUAAAUGUACCAACAAACAUAUUAGAAUAAUAUUCAUUAUUCUAUGUUUGGUGUGGUACUAUUUUUAACAUCAGAACAUUAUUUUGAAUUGUUAUAUUAUUCUGAUGGCUGCAUUUAAAAAGUUAGUAUGUUAAGAUAAACUACUACUGAGUAUACAUAUAAUGUGAUGUAUGUAUAUUUAAAUACUUAUUGACUUUUAAUGAGAUCAAAUUAAAUGGAUGCCAUGCAUUUCAUUUAAGUAGGGUUUUUGGAAAUUGAUACAAACUGUUUUUCUGUCCCUUUGUUUUGUGCCAUUUAAAAACAUCCAAAAUUCUUUGUAAAUAGGAAGGUCUAACAUAUUAAAAUAAAUUGAAAUGAAUUGUGAUUGAAUAAUAUUCAGAAUAAUUUAUUAUUCGGUUGAAAACUAGCACUAUGAAAUUUAAUUCUGAUUGUACAUAUGUAGUUAAUGUUUCUGUAGUAUUGGUCAACUGUAAUGCGUUUCUGUAUGUAUUACAGCAUGAAUACUUUUUGUGGUAUUGUAUACCUUAAAAAUCCAUAAUCCAGACAUCUGUUAUAGUAAACGUUUACAAAUUGACUCUCACACAAAAUGUAAAGACAAUUUGGUCUUAACUGAAUUUUUUGUAAUAAAUUGAAUAAUAAAAUAAAAUUAAUAGCUGAUAUUUACUGAUCCAAAUUUAGUGUAUUUUUGUAUGUAUAGCCUUAAUUUUUUCCAACACAAAUGUUUGUUUUUUGUUACUUUUUCUUUGUGAGUUAGUUUUUGCUUUUAAUAAUGAAAAGUACUUUCAGUAGCAAAAAGAAAAUUGGCUAUUAACAUUGUCGGUUUCAGAAUUAGUUUUUAUGCCAGUACUUGAAAAGUUUGAUGGUAUGUACAAUUUCAAGUUAAUUAAAUUCAUACAGAAUAUUGAUAAUAUAUAAUUUUCUGUUUUGUAUAUACGUUUGAUGUGCCUGUAUUAAAUUCUUGAACUCUC